CGCUUACGAACCCUAGUGUAUUUAUUUAUUUUUUAAAUAAUUCCUGUUUAAUAAAUAGUUGGUUUUAAUAUUUACAAUCUCAGGAAUUGACGAGUAAAUAAAAAAAAAUGUCUAACGACAACGAAAGACGUGCUAAAAGACGACGUCUUGAUACCUCAUCUUCUUCAGAAUCUGACGAGCCUUUGGACAUCAAUCUACCAGCAAACUUGUCCCCAUUUCAAAAAGCGUGGAUAAUGAAUGAUAAAUCGCUUCUACGAGUUGACUCACUUGCAGAAGCUGUUAAACAUAAAGAUAUCGUGCAUAUUAAAUAUAUCGUAAACUUAAACUUGAUCGUCGACGCCGUAGACUCAACAGGUCUCACACCACUUGAACUUGCCAUUGACGAAAAAUACCUACCGGGAAUAAAGCUUUUGCUGGCGUAUCGUGCCAAGAAACUUAGCAGAUAUCAAUCCAUAAGGUCAUGGAGACAGUGGCAAAGUUCGCUCCGCUCUAUACUAUCAAAAGAAUGGGCAUUAACAGAAGGCCUGGACGUCGUUAAACGACAGUUUUUAAAUGAAAUGAACAAAAGUUUACGUAUAUGGGGUGGGCCAAAUGCCGAGGAAUUGACGCAAGAAGAUCUAAACAACUACUCAAUCAACCAGCUAACAAAUAGCGACUGCAGCGACAGAGAUAUGGCCAUAAUACUGAAUAAGUACGCGGCCUCCAAUCAACGUGAAGAUGAAGCUAUACUUUAUUCAGCAAUCGUGAAUAGAAAUAUAGAAAUAGUUAAAUAUUUGUUGGAGAUGGAUGCAGAUGUAAGUCUCACGGCAGCUUACACACAUGGUAACUACGGUGGAUUAACUGCCUUGGACGUCGCCAUAGAACUGGGGCUAGAAGACAUCAUCCAGCUUCUACUGGAUCACGAAAGCUGUGACGUCAAUGCCACAGCAGAGUCCGGGUUGACGCCUCUUCAUUUUGCAGCAUUGACGAAUAAUUUUAAAAUCGCGAAAAAAUUGAUAAGCAAAAAUGCAACGAUAGAUGUGUGCUCUACAUAUCAAUCUGUUCGCAAGCCAACAAUUAAGAUCAAAGUACACAGUGAUAUGAAACGUCUGAAUGGUGUGACUGCUUUGCAAGUUGCCGCGAUAGCUAAUAGUUUAGAGAUGGUUAAACUAUUAGUAGAUCAUGGUGCUGAUGUCAAUGCUCAUUGCAAAAACCGGGGUGAUGGAUACUCGGCAUUGCAUUAUGCAGCAAUGAAUAAUAACAGUGCAAUGAUUGAGUUUUUACUGAGCAAGGGUGCUCGGGUUGAUAUCAAGUCAAAUAAUGAAAAGACAAUUCUACAUUUUGCUAUUGGUACCAAAGACAAAGAUAUUGUUAAACGUUUGUUAGAUGCUGGCGCUGAUGUGAACAUCAAAAGUAAUACGAAUUAUUUUGAUGGUAUUACGCCGCUUCUUGAAGCCGUGAGGCUCAAUUUGAAAGAGAUUGUGUCGAUGUUGAUUGAAAUGGGUCCUGAUAUAAAUGCCACGGCUGAACGUAAGUUGACUUCGACAUGCGUAAAUGUAAUCGACAUGACUCUUGGGGAACUCGAUCCCGAUAUGCUCCAGCUGAUGUUGAAUAUGGGAGCAGAUGUCAGUAACGCUGAAUUUCGUAGAUAUUGUUUUCGUUACACGGAUAUAUUUCUAAAGUAUCUAGAGAAAUUCAGGGUUUCUAAGCUUUUCGAUAACGAGAGGCUUACCAAGUGGGUUGAGUUUAAAAAAAUAAAAGACGAGGAUUUAAGGAAUGAACGCCAAGCUCAAGUGAUGAAAAUGGGAGCAGAAGAAAUUGAGGAUCGUUAUAUUCGUUUUUACGAUUUGCUGCUUAAAAAUGUUGAUGAGAUGGCGAUGUAUACAGAUAAUGAGAUUAUUAAGAAAGCUUUAGAGCCAGACGUGUAUGGGCUCUCGAAGGACGAGAAGAUAUUGACAAGGAAUUUUAAGAAGGAAUACAAGCGCUAUCAGAUGCAGAAAGAAGUUGAGAAGGUGUUGGGAAGUAUUAUUGAUUUGCCUUAUCCAUGCCUGAAAAAAAUCCUCACGUAUUUUAGCUACGAUGAUUUAUUCGAGAAUUUAGGAAGACCCAAAAGGUUCAAGUUAGCAAGAAGCAUUGUUCCUCUCAGGCGCGAAAGUUUUAUCGUCAGGACCGCUAGAGAAAUGAGUCGUCAACGGAGGCGAUCAAUGCCGUUCUACAGAUUUCCUGGCAUACUAUAGCUGCACCAAAAGUUUAUUUAUUAUUUAUAUUUAUUAUAUUCAUGACCUGUUUAAAGAGAGUAAAUCGUUGUUUCUUAAACUCGUAAAAAUUUAAACUUAGAUGCAGAUCUCGUUAAAAAUUGCAUACAGGACGCGAAAGAAGGUUGAACAUUUCAAUCCGCGUGUUUGCCACCCUCGCCUUCGGGUUUUAAUGUCCUACGUUCCUUCCUUGGUGUGUAAUAUACCAUUCUGUCCAGUAACUCAAGGCAUUCGUAAUUUCCCUGAUUAAACGAAACGAUUCGAAACGAUUUGCAAUGUCAAAUGUCCAUGGGAAGGGCGAUUCAAAAGUAUUCAAAGGCAUUAAAAAGUAUUUAGAAUUUUUUUUUUCUAAUCGUUUUAAAUUAUUUCGUUUAAUAAGGGUUAAACUCGGAUACUUGCCAUUUGUGUAAUAAUAAUUUUAGACCAUUAAUUUUAUUUGCGUAAAUGACAGUUUGGACUUUGUAAUUAAAUGCC